AUGUCUGCUUUGUGGCUGUUGCUGGGCCUCUUGGCCUUGACUGACUUAUCUGAAAGCAGCAAUUGGGGAUGUUACGGAAACAUCCGAACCCUGGACACCCCAGGAGCAUCCUGUGGGGUUGGAAGACGUCACGGCCUGAACUACUGUGAGAUGCAAUCCAUGGCCCGCCAAUUCCGUAGCUCUGGGCCCAAGGACCCAAAUCUUUAUGCUCCCUCAUCCUGGAUCACUGAAUCCCAGGUUUCCCAGAUAACUGGGGUUCUGACUUCUAGAAUCAAAGAAAUCCAGAGGCGAUUUCCUACCUGGACCCCCGACCAGUACCUGAGAGGUGGACUCUGUGCCUACAGUGGGGGCCCUGGCUUUGUCAGAAGCAGCCAGGACCUGGGCUGUGACUUCUGCAAUGAUGUCCUUGCACGAGCCAAGUACCUCAAGAGACAUGGCUUCUAG